AUGGACGCGGUGGAGUCCACGUCGCCGCCGUCGCUGCGCCACAAGCUGCGGACCACCGUGUGCGGCUGCUUCGGCUCGCCGGGCAGCGUCGCGGAGAGGCCGCACACCGGGGGCGGCAGGAGCAGGUGGAGGCGACGCGUGGUCGCCACGGGGGAGUUCAGGUACGACCCCCUCAGCUACGCGCUCAACUUCGACGAGGGCGGCAGCGGCAGCGACGACUGUGCAGAAGCAGAGGAUGCGGCCUUCCGGUACCGGAACUUCAGCUCGCGCCUGCCGCCCUCGCCGGCACCGGCCUCCCGAGCCGUCGCCAUGGCCUGA